UUGUUUUUUGUAGUAUAUUUUUUGUGGCCGUUUUGUCUACGUUGACUCGAGCAAAACUGGUGGAAAUAGAUGAGAAAAAGAGUGUUUCAAAUUACAAGUUCGAUGGAACAUUAAGAAUAUUCUUAGGAUUUAUGAACAAUUUAUAGGAGGUUCGAUUUUUGGUAAAAGGAAGUGUCGAAAAUGGCUUCUUCGCAAGGUAUUUCUUGGUCGAUUAAGGAGGGUUCGGCUCUAGACACCUUGCCGGUGUAUGUAAAGGAGCUAAUGGCCGGAGGUGUCGCUGGAGGAUUUUCCAAAUCCGCGGUUGCUCCAUUGGAAAGGAUCAAGAUCUUGGUGCAGACACGAACCGAAGGAUAUCAUUCUAUGGGAGUCCGUCAAUCGCUCAAAAGGCUACUAAAACAUGAAGGGUUUGCAGGGUUCUACAAAGGAAACGGUGCUAGUGUUAUUCGAAUUAUUCCAUAUUCAUCGUUAUAUUUCAUGACAUAUGAGCGAUACAAAUGUUGGAUGCUAGACAACUACGCUAUAUUUAGAUCAGGUCCACUUGUGGAUCUUUUAGCCGGUUCAGCAGCCGGCGGGACGGCUAUUCUAUGCACAUAUCCCCUUGAUUUGGCUCGCACCAUACUCGCCCAUGGAGUUGUGGACGCAAAAGCAAGUUUGGAGAGUGGUUCUAGAAACUUUAUUGCCCAACCUCGCAACAGUGGCAUUAAAAGUGUGUUAGGGGGUGUUUAUAGGGAGAGUGGGGUGCGUGGGUUGUAUCGAGGCAUUGGUCCGACUCUGAUGGCCAUUCUGCCAUAUGCUGGUAUGCGGUUUUGCAUUUAUGAAGAAUUGAAGAGACAUGUUUCCGAGGAGCAUCAGAGAUCGAUCGUAAUGAGUCUGUCAUGUGGUGCUUUGUCUGGUUUGCUCGGCCAAAGUGUCACGUACCCGUUAGACGUUGUUAAAAGACAGAUGCAGGUUGAUAGUGGUAGAUACAAGAAUACAUGGAAGGCAUUUACCACAAUAGUUUCUGAACAAGGUUGGAGGCAAUUGUUUGCUGGCCUCGGUAUUAAUUACAUCAAGAUUGUCCCUUCGAUGGCGAUCGGCUUUGCUACAUAUGACAUGAUGAAGUUAUCGCUCCGCAUACCUCCUCGACAAAAAACAAAAUCAGCCUCGACUGUUUAAAAAAUUUCACCAUCCAUUGUUUAAAACUACAAGGAACUAGUUUAAUACCCGUCCGAUGGACGGGUUACGUUGAUUUAUUAUAUAGUAACAACGUGAAUGAAUCUAUGAACACAAAUAUUUUUUCCUUUGAA